CGAUGGUAUUUUUAUUUGCGUAACAAAUUUAAAACAUUUUAAGAACUUAAAAAAUAACUUACAAUAAUAAUUUUGCCUGUGUGGUAAAAAAUUGUCAUCUUUCAACAACACAAGGAGAGUAAACAAGCGUCAUGGCGAACUUGACGCAAACAAAUUUGAAUCAUUUCAUGUCUCAAACACAAGAUCAAUUAAUAAAAUUAUUUGAAAAAGAACUGGUUUUUGAUGAAGUGGUUGACUCGUGGCCACUUAUGAGUACACCAUGGCCAAUACUCUCAAUAUUAUCUAUAUACUUAUUGUUUGUAUUGAAACUCGGCCCAAGUAUGAUGGAAAACCGGAAACCAUUUAACAUAAAAUAUGUGAUGCUUUUGUAUAAUGCUAUUCAAACACUUUAUAAUAGUUGGAUUGUAGCUUUGUUCUUUACCACGUCUGGAGCAUGGAGCUACUAUAUAAGUCAUGUAUGCCAUCCACUUCCUCGAGAUCUCAAUCAUUUGCUUAUACAUGAGUUCAACAAAGGCUCAUGGUAUUUUUUCUUAUCCAAAGUAAUUGAUUUAUUAGAUACAGUAUUUUUUGUCUUGAGGAAAAAACAAUCCCAAGUAUCUUUCUUACAUGUUUAUCAUCAUGUAAAUAUGGUAAUCACAUGCUGGGCUUUUCUACGAUUCAUAAAAGGAGAACAACUGAUAUUUGGUGGACUCGUAAACUCAUUUAUUCAUACAGUAAUGUAUAGUUACUACUUUUUGUCAGCUUUGGGUCCACAUAUGCAAAAAUACUUAUGGUGGAAAAAAUACUUGACUCGUAUGCAAAUCAUUCAAUUUCUAAUGAUAAUGGCAUAUAAUGCUUGCUUGUACACAUUUAACUGCAACUUUCCAAGAUUAUUUAUUUUGUAUGUGAUUGCUGACGUCUCAUUAUUUUUGUACUUAUUUUUAAUGUUCUAUAAAAAAACGUAUGAACAAAACCAACGAGCAAAAUUACAUGCAAAUUAAAAAAAACAAGAAAAAAUGCCUAUUUGUUCAUAGUUUAUAUUGUUCGUAGAAAUGUGAUUAUCUGUAUUUUUUUUUUUUUUUUUUAUCAAUAUCAUACAAUUGUUUUUUUUUUCUUA